UGUCCACCCCGUGCUCUCCCCGUGUCCACCCCCUGUGCUCUCCUGUGUCCACCCCCUGUGCUCUCUCCGUGUCCCACCCCUGUGCUCUCCUGUGUCCCACCCCUGCUCUCCUCGCCCACACCCCCUGUCUCCUGUGUCACCCCUGUGUGCCACUCCCCGUGUCUCACCCCUGUGCUCUCCUCGUGUCCACCCCUGUGCUCUCCUGUCUACCCCUGUGCUCUCCUCGUGUCCCACCCCCUGUGCUCUCCUGUGUCCACCCCUGUGCCUCCCCGUGUCUACACCCCUGUUAUGCUCCCCGUGUCCACCCCUGUGCUCUCCUGUGUCACCCCUGUGCCCUCCCCGUGUCUACCUCCUGUGCUCUCCUCGUGUCCCACCCCUGUGCUCUCCUCGUGUCCACCCCUGUGCUCUCUCCGUGUCCACCCCUGUGCUCUCCCUGUGUCCACCCCCUGUGCUCUCCCCGUGUCCCACCCCCUGUGCUCUCCCUGUGUACCCUCCCCGUGUCUACUCCUGUGCUCUCCUCUGUGUCCCACCCCUUUGCUCCUGUGUCCCACCCCUGUACCCCUCCCCGUGUCUACACCCCUGUGCUUCUCCUCGUGUCCACCCCCUGUGCUCUCCCUGUGUCACCCCUGUGCUCUCUCGUGUCCACCCCUGUGCUCUCCCUGUGUCACCCCUGUUGCCCUCCCCGUGUCUCACACCCCUGUGCUCUCCUCGUCCCCCCCUGUGCUCUCUCCGUGUCCCACCCCUGUGCUCUCGUGUGCCCCCUGUGCUCUCCUGUGUCACCCCCUGUGCCCCUCCCGUGUCUCACCCCUGUGCUCUCCUGUGUCCACCCCCCUGUCUCCUGUCCACCCCUGUACCCUCCCGUGUCUACACCCCCUGUACCCUCCCCGUGUCCACCCCUGUGCUCUCCUCGUGUCCACCCCCUGCCCCUCCCUCCCGUGUCACCACCCCUGUGCUCUCCUCGUGUCCACCCCCUGUGCUCUCUGUCCCCUGUGCUCCCAUCCCACCCCUGUGCUCUCUCCUUGUCCCCCUGUGCUCUCCUCGUGUCCACCCCCUGUGCUCUCCUCGUGUCACCCCCUGUGCUCUCCCCGUGUCCACCCCUGUGCUCUCCCUCGUGUCCCACCCCCUGUGCUCUCUCCUUGUCCCACCCCUGUGCUCUCCUCGUGUCCACCCCCUGUGCUCUCCCUGUGUCUACCCCUGUGCUCUCCUCCGUGUCCACCCCCUGUGCUCUCCCCGUGUCACCCCCUGUGCUCUCCUGUGUCCACCCCUGUGCUCUCCCCCGUGUCCACCCCCUGUGCUCUCCCCGUGUCCACCCCUGUCUCCUGUGUCCACCCCUGUGCUCUCCCUGUGUCCACCCUGUGCUCUCCUGUCACCCCCUGUGCCCUCCCCGUGUCUACCUCUGUGCUCUCCCUGUGUCCACCCCCUGUGCUCUCCCUGUGUCCACCCCUAGCCCCCCUCCCCGUGUCUACACACCCCUGUGCUCUCUGUGUCCACCCCCUGUGCUCUCCUGUGUCCCACCCCUGUGCCCUCCCCGUGUCCACUCCUGUGCUCUCCUGUCCCACCCCCUGUGCUCUCCUGUGUCCCCCCUGUGCCCUCCCCGUGUCUCCACACUCCUGUGCUCUCCCUGUCCACCUGCACCCCUCCCUGUGUCCCACCCCCUGUGCUCUCCCCUGUCCCACCCCCCUGUGCUCUCCUCGUGUCACCCCUGUGCUCUCCUGUCACCCCUGUGCCCUCCCCGUGUCUACACUCUCUGGUCUCCUCGUUCACCCUCCCCUGUCCACCCCCUGUGCUCUCCUCGUGUCCCACCCCUGUGCUCUCCUGUGUCCCACCCUGUACCCUCCCCGUGUCUACACCCCUGUGCUCCUCGUGUCCACCUGUGCUCUCCUGUGUCUACCCCUGUGCUCUCGUGUCCCACCCCUGUGCUCUCCUGUGUCACCCCUGUGCCCUCCCUUCCCCCCUGUGCUCUCCUCGUGUCCACCCCCUAGCCUCCCUGUGUCUACCCCUGUGUCUCCUCGUGUCCACCCCUGUGCUCUCCUGUGCUCUCCCUGUGUCCACCCCCCUGUGCUCUCCUCAUUCCACCCCCUGUGCUCUCCCCGUGUCCACCCCUGUGCUCUCCUCGUGUCCCACCCCUGUGCUCUCUGUCUACCCCUCUGUGCUCUCCUCGUGUCCACCCCUGUGCUCUCCUGUGUCCACCCCUAUACCCUCCCCGUGUCUACCCCCUGUGCUCUCCUCGUGUCCACCCCCUGUGCUCUCCCUGUGUCCACCCUGUGCUCUCCUGUGUCUACCCCCUGUGCUCUCCUGUGUCCACCCCUGUGCUCUCCUCGUGUCCCCUGUGCCCUCCUGUGUCCACCUGUGCCCUCCCGUGUCCACCCCUGUACCCUCGUGUCUACCUUCCUGCUCUCCCCGUGUCCACCCCUGUGCUCUCCUGUGUCCCCCCCCUGUGCUCUCUCGUGUCCACCCCCUGUGCUCUCCUGUGUCCACCCCUGUACCCUCCCUGUCUCUCCACCUCCUGUGCUCUCCUCGUGUCCACCCCUGUGCUCUCCCUGUGUCCACCCCCUGUGCUCUCCUCGUGUCCCACCCCUGUGCUCUCCUGUGUCCACCCCUGUACCCUCCCCGUGUCUACCUCCUGUGCUCUCCUCGUGUCCCACCCCCUGUGCUCUCCUGUGUCUACCCCCUGUGCUCUCCUCGUGUCCACCUGUGCUCUCCUGUGUCCACCCCUGUGCCCCUCCCGUGUCUACACUCCUGUGCUCUCCUCCGUGUCCACCCCCUGUGCUCUCCCUGUGUCCACCCCCUGUGCUCUCCUCGUGUCCCCUGUGCUCUCCCUGUGUCCACCCUGUGCCUCCCGUGUCCACCCCCUGUGCUCUCCCGUGUCCCACCUGUGCUCCUCGUGUCCCACCCCUGGCCUCUCCCUCGUGUCCACCCCCUGUGCUCUCCCUGUGUCCACCCCUGUGCUCUCCUGUGUCUACCCCCUGUGCUCUCCUCGUGUACCCCUGUGCUCUCCUGUGUCCACCCCCUGUACCCUCCCGUGUCUACACUCCUGUGCUCUCUGUCCACCCCCCUGUGCUCUCCUGCGUCCCACACCCCUGUGCUCUCCCUGUGUCCACCCCUGUACCCUCCCGUGUCUACACUCCUGUGCUCUCCUCGUGUCCACCCCUGUGCUCUCCUCGUCCACCCCUGUGCUCUCCUGUGUCCACCCCUGUACCCCUCCCCGUGUCUACCCCUGUGCUCUCCUCGUGUCCACCUGUGCUCUCUCCUCGUGUCCACCCCCUGUGCUCUCCCUCGUGUCCACCCCCCUGUGCUCUCCCUCGUGUCCACCCCCCUGUGCUCUCCUCGUGUCCACCCCCUGUGCUCUCCUGUGUCCACCCCUGUGCUCUCCUGUGUCCACCCCCUGUACCCCUCCCGUGUCUACACUCCUUCUCUCCUGUGUCCACCCCUGUGCUCUCCUCGUGUCACCCCUGUGCUCUCCUCGUGUCCCCCCUGUGCUCUCUCCCGUGUCCACCCCCUGUGCUCUCUCCCGUGUCCACCCCCUGUGCUCUCCUCGUGUCCACCCCCUUGUGCUCUCCCUGUGUCCACCCCUGUGCUCUGCCUGUCCACCCCCUGUGCUCUCCCCGUGUCCACCCCUGCUCUCCCCGUGUCCCACCCCUGUGCUCUCUCCGUGUCCACCCCUGUGCUCUCCCUGUGUCCACCCCCUGUGCUCUGCCUGUGUCCACCCCUGUGCUCUCCGUGUCCACCCCCUGUGCUCUCCCUGUGUCCCAUGUGCUCUCCCGUGUCCACCCCCUGUGCUCUGCCGUGUCCACCCCUGCUCCUCCUGUCCCACCCCCUGUGCUCUCCCUGUGUCCACCCCUGUACUCUCCUGUGUCCACCCCCUGUGCUCUCCCCGUGUCCACCCUGUGCUCCUCCUGUGUCCACCCCCUGUGCUCUCCCCGUGUCCACCCCCUGUGCUCUGCCCGUGUCCACCCCCUGUGCUCUCCUGUGUCCACCCCUGUAUGCUCUCCCCGUGUCCACCCCCUGUGCUCUCUCGUGUCCACCCCCUGUGCUCUCCUGUGUCCACCCCUGUGCUCUCCUGUGUCCACCCCUGUGCUCUCCUGUGUCCACCCCCUGUGCUCUCCUGUGUCCACACCCCCUGUGCUCUCCUCGUGUCCACCCCUGUGCUCCUCCCGUGUCCACCCCUGCCUCUCCCGUGUCUACCUCCUGUGCUCUCCUCGUGUCCACCCCUGUGCUCUCCCCCGUGUCACCCCUAGGAAGUGCCUGGGAGUAUCAGGGAGUGUCAGGGAGUACCAGAGAGUACAAGGGAGUACCAGGAAGUAUCAGAGAGUACCGAGAAGUACCAGGAAGUAUCAGGGAGUACCAGAGAGUAUCAGAGAGUACCGGGAAGUAUCAGGGGGUACCAGGAAGUAUAAGGGAGUACCAGAGAGUACUGGAUGUAUCAGGAAGAACCAGGAAGCAUCAAGGAGUACCAGGAAGUACCAGAGAGUACCGGGAAGUAUCAGGAAGUACCCAAGAAGUAUCAGGGAGUACCAGAGAGUAUCAAUAAGUCCCAGGAGGAUAAAGUACCACAGUGGUAUGGUGUAUGAUAGUACCAAUGCCAUAAUAGGCUGGAAGUACCAAGAAAUACCAAUAAUACGAGAUAUGUCAAUGGUAUUACAGAACCGAAUUUGA